UACGUCUUUUUUCUGCUUCACAGACUCAGGCGAAGAGGUGCAAGAGAGCAGUAUGGUUACAAUGAGGUUGUUUUGAAAGGAGCGGGGAAGAAGCUGAGCCUUAUUGGGCAAACAUGUGCGGUGUGUUUAGACGAGUUCCGCAGCAGGGACGAGCUUGGAGUGUGCUCAUGUUCUCACGCCUUUCACAAGAAGUGUCUGAUGAAAUGGUUAGAGAUCCGCAGUGUCUGCCCCAUGUGCAACAAGCCCAUUUGUCGCCUCCUUCCCCCACCCCAACAAGCUCAAGAGCAGCCCCAGAGUCUCUUGGAGGUCUGACAGGGGGAUGGAUGUCCAGCAGCACCUUACACUCCAGUCACUUGACACCUGUCACUAUGGGCGCUGUUUCCCAAUCCUACAGAUGGUGGUUUAGGUAUAAUGCAAACAUUUUAAGACAGAGCUUCUCUGGAAGUAGAAAUGAUAAGUGCAGAGCCAAAGAGCCUAAAAUAUGUGGAGGGAGAUUAUAACACUAACACAGGGGUGGAAAAGGUAAUAAUUAU